AUGAGGAUGAAGCCUUGUAUGAUGAACAGUUUGUUAGGUCUGCUUCGAAUUCGCAUCAAGCGUGGUGUCAACCUCGCGGUUGGUGAUCUUUUUACUAGUGAUCCUUACGUUAUCAUCAAAAUUGGAGAAGAGAGAUGGAAGACUCAAGUUAUUUAUUGCGAUGUGAAUCCUGAGUGGAAUUCAGAUGUGACUCUCUUAGUAACAGACCUCAAUGUUACUGUUCUCUUGACGGUUUACGAUCAAGAUACGUUCACGAAAGACGAUUACAUGGGAGAUGCAGAAUUCGCGAUAAAGCCAUAUUUUGAUGCACUGAAUCUGCAAUUAGAAGGACUUCCAUGUGGAACUAUUCUGACUACAAUCCAACCUAGCCGAGGAAAUUGCUUAGCCAAGGCGUCUCACAUUAAUUGGUCUGAUGGUAAGCUUGUUCAAGAUCUAAUCCUUAAACUCCGACAUGUCGAGUGUGGUGAAGUCGAAGUUCAGCUUCAAUGA